AUGUCUGGGUACUACGAAGUCUACCUUGCGCGAUGCAAUCUCGCUAUGCAAGACCCUGAUAUGCCGAGUCCGAGAUUUCACACGACUAUCUUCGUCAAAACCGCGGCAGACAAGAGCGGCAUCUUGCACCACGUCAUGGGUGAUAUAACCUCUGCGAAUGGGAUGAUUUAUACCCCACAACCAAGGCAUUCUCCUGAGUACUCGCAGUCUUUCUACUCGCUUGAGAAACUGGGCGUUACGCCCGUGUCCAAGCAUCCUGCCGACUGGAAUAGGGUCCUGGGGAGCGUCCCGGCGCCGCCCCAGCAGAAGGCUUUCAACAUCAAGACAAUGAAAACCGAACCAUUCAAGACCCAGGCUCCACUGACCUUCUACGGGCCAGGAGAGCCCCGAAGGCCCUUGGUGAAGUGCACUGAGUGGACUUUGGAGCGAGCCCUACCUGCUCUUAGAGCAAACGGGCUUGUUAUUCAGCAAUAG